AUGGCUAUCAACUGGCCGUACAGUUUUGACCCUCAGACCCAAGCCUAUUUGGCCGCCGCUGCUGCUUCUUAUACUUAUACCUGGAUACCACCACCACCAACAUCAUCGCCUGGAUCAUCUACAUAUUCGUUAAUUCCUUUGCCAACUCAACUGUAUUUUGCAACAUCUACCUCAAAUCCUAAUUCUAUAACACCAUCUUCAGUGUCACCUUCAUCAUCUGUGAACAACCAUGCUUGCUGCAUGACACAACCUUCAGCACCAAACCGCGGUUCGUACACUACACUAGCAGCAGCAACAACUUCCAAAAUUCAAUAUAGCAAUAAUAAUAAAAUGGCUGCAUCUGAUUUUCUUGCACUGGAUCCGUCGAACAUUAACAAUAGCACUGCUCCUUUUUCACAGCUACAAGAACACAUAGAUAUUCAACGCCAUUAUUCUCGAUGCCAUCAAUAUGAACAACAAAAUGGUUACAGAGCAUUUCUCACUCAUGAUUCUUUACAUUCUAAUGGUUUCUAUUCGCAGCCUCCAUCUCACUCUGAUUAUACUACUUGGAUUAGCAACAAACCGAUUAUUUCGUCCUCUGAUAAUGCCGAGCAUGAGGCAAGCCUAAUGUAUAGGCAUUGCUGUUAUACAUUUUCUCUCUCUCUCUCUCUCUCUCUCAUUCAUAAAUGUAUCAUAAAAAAGGUUGCAUGA